GUUUCACCCUCACCAAAUAAGCCGGAGAACAGUGACAGAGAGAGAGAGGGCGGAUCGAGUGGGAAGUGUCUCUGACACUCACUCAAACAGUUGUACAAGUUGAAGCUUAUAGCAGCAAAGAGAAGGUCAUGGAGCCCGAACAGAUCAGAGAAGGAUACCUUGUGAAAAAGGGUACAGUGCUAAACUCCUGGAAGGCAGUGUGGGUGGUGCUGUCAGAAGAUGGGUUGGAGUUCUAUAAAAAGAAAACUGACCGCUCUCCGAAAGGAAUGAUUCCACUAAAGGAAGCUAUGCUCACCAGUCCCUGCCAGGACUUCAACAAGAGAACGCUGGUUUUCAAGAUAACUUCAGAGAAAAAGCAGGAUCACUUCUUCCAAGCUUCACAUGUUGAGGAGAGAGAGUUUUGGGUCAAGGACAUCAAGAGGGCCAUCACCUGCCUACAGGGAGGAAAGAAGUUUGCCAGGAAGUCCACAAGACGUUCCAUCCGCCUGCCCGACAAAGUCAACCUGACUGAGCUGUACACACUGAUGAAGGACCAGGAUGAUGGAGUGAGAGAGCUAAAACUGGAGCAGGAGAAUCGUGUCUUCAACCACUGCUUCACUGGUGCAACAGUGAUAGAGUGGCUAAUCUCAAAGAACAAAGUGAGAAACAGACCAGAGGCCCACAUGUUAGCAAUAGGACUCAUGAACGAGGGUUUUCUUCAGCCUGCCAGCGACCUGUCAAAAGAGGCUGCAGAGAGUGGAGAGCAAACAGCCUUCUUAGAUCAGACAGAAGCACUAUAUUACUUUGCGGACAGCGGGUUCUUCUGCGAAGGCUACUCCAGUGAUGAAGAUGUGCUUUUGAAAGAAGAGUUCAGAGGAAACAUCAUAAAACAGGGCUGUUUACUCAAACAGGGUCACAGGAGAAAAAACUGGAAGGUGCGAAAGUUCAUACUGAGAGAUGACCCUGCAUAUAUGCACUAUUACGACCCUACAAAGGGUGAUGACCCUCUAGGCUCGAUCCAUCUCCGUGGCUCUGUUGUCACAGCUGUGGAGUCUGUGCCUGACGCCAAAAAAUACGACAUUGAUGGCAACCUGUUUGAGAUCAUAACCUCCGAUGAGACUCACUACUUCUUCCAAGCUGCUACAGCCGAAGAGAGAAAGGAGUGGAUCAAAGCAGUACAGGCAGUGUCAAAGAGUGGAAAAUAACAAGAGCAGCUGCUGAGUAUGUGACACACGAGUCAACUUAACGUAUUUAAACUGUUAUCAUAAAAGUGCUGUCUCAUUCACAUCAUCAACUAAUUUUAGAUUAUUUUUUUUUUGCUAAUUGAAGAAAAAUAAAAGUCACGUUGUCAAAG